UCCCUCCGGUCUCCCUGCUGAUUCACUCCCUGCCUCUGACCACCACAUCCCAGCCAUGGCCUUGGUCCUGCAGCUGCUGCCUCUGCUGCUCCCACAGGUCCAGGGGAAUCCCGAGGUUUCUCUGGAGGGCAACCCUGGGGACCGGGUGAAUCUCUCCUGCAUAGGGGUCUCCGACCCCACCCGCUGGGCUUGGGCGCCUAGUUUCCCGGCAUGCAAGGGCCUGUCCAAAGGGCGCCGUCCGAUCUUGUGGGCCUCGACGAGAGCAACCCCAACUGUGCUCCAGCACUUCUCUGGCCGCCUGCGUUCCCUGGACACUGGUAUCAAGCGGCUAGAGCUGCUGCUGAGCGCCGGGGACUCUGGCACCUUUUUCUGCAAAGGACGCCAAGAGAAUGAGAGCCGCAUAGUGCUUCAAGUGAUAGGCGACAAGGCAGGUUGCCGGCCUACGGGAUCCACCCACGGGUCCAAGUAUCCCAAGAUCCUGAUUCCGCUGCUGGGCGUAGGGCUUGUGCUAGGACUGGGAGCCUCGGGCUUGGUCUGGUGGCGGCGCAGACGCUCGCCCCCGCCCCCGCCCCCGCCUGGACCACUACCCACAUUUGCUCCAGUCAUAAAUGCUGAGCCACAGAGGCCUUUAGAACAGGACUCCAAGAUCUCAGGCCACCUGGACCAGGAGCCGAGCCUCCACUACGCGGACCUGGACCACUCUGUCCUUGGGAGGCACCGCCGGAUGUCCACAGUGGUUCCUGGUGACGCCUCUACUGUCUACGCGGUUGUAGUAUAAAGGGAAGCCCUUCUUCCAACCCUUCCAGCCCAGGCUUCCCCGUACAACCUCAGCUGGACGGUGGGAGGGGAGGCACCAUGGACAGAGGCACUAAUCCAGGACAGGGGCUACCUGGUUCAUGCUCUGCCACUGUUGAGCUUUUUCAGCCUCUUCCAUCUUAUUUUUUGUUUUUGUUUUUGUUUUUUGAGACAAGGUUUCUCUGUAUAGCCCUGGCUGUCCUGGAACUCACUCUGUAGACCAGGCUGACCUCGAACUCAGAAAUCCGCCUGCCUCUGCCUCCCAGAGUACUGGGAUUACAGAAGUGCACCACCACCACCAGGCUCAAGCUGUCUGUCUUAAAUUUUUCUUUCCCAAGACAGGGUUUCUCUGGGUAGCCAUGGCUGUCCUGGAACUCUGUAGACCAUAGACCAGGCUAGCCUCGAACUCAGAGAAUUCACCUGCCUCCCAUCUUCUGAGUUUAAAAGCACUGCCAGGCCCAGUCAAGUAUUUUGAACUUUAGACAUAGACCUGCCUGCCAUACUCCUUUUCCCUGCAUGACUGCACUCCCUCUGCUCAUUGACUGCAGCUGCUCAAACACCGAAAGGUUGCCAGUGAGGUCCUUCUACCUGAUAACAUUCACCCCUCUUUAAACCAGAGUUUACUUUGUUGCUAUUGUCCUUGCAGAUGCCCUGCCCUUCUGUUCUGCUUGCCUCUUUGUUUCUCCUCCUUACUCCUCUUCUAGGAAGCUGGCAAGCAAUCUUCAGCCCCCAAAAGACACCCAGGAUUCCCUCCAGCCCAGCACUCACACCUAGUACACUCUGCCUGGAUGGCCUCAGGCAUUUUGCACAAUUUGUCAAACCUGACUCAGUCAUUUCCUAAGCCACCCCCCGGGUCCUCCUCUGCAAUCUCUUGAAGAAUCCAAGUUGCCCAAGCCAGAAACUGGGAGUCAGAGUACACCACCUCCUCUCUCACACAGGACUUAUCAGAACGCCCCCUACCCCUUUCCACUCCUUUUAAAAGACAAGCUGUCCUGUGGCUGAGGCUGGCUUUGAAACCCUGACCUCCUUGCCUCCACCUUCAGUGCUGGGAUAAGAGUGAUUGUAAGUAUGCACCACCACACAAGGCCUUGUCUGUAGUAGGUCACUGACUUCUGUACUUGUCUCCAUGUCCAACGCUGCCACCAGAAUGUACUGUCAUCAUUUGCUUUAUGGGUGACCCACAGACCCCCUCUGAGCUUCCUGCCCUGCCCUUCCUAUUCGAAGCCAGAGAGAUCCUCCCCUCUGCUAUUGACCACUGGUUCUCUCCCAAAGCUUCAGCUCUGGGGCCGGGAGUGUGGGCUCUGCACACAGGCUCCAGCACGUGGCGGCAUCCUAGGCCUGCCCCUCAUUUUCUGUGUACACGGGCCCUCACAUGCCGCCAGAGUUUCUCCGCCAUGUUCUGCCUACAAUACUCACUGACUCUUUGAAGUAAAUUCUGUCUUCUGAUUUCCUUUUUCCUCUUCCUUGCUUCCAGCCCGGAUAAUUAUUUAUCCUCAGGAUAUCUUUUUCUGGGAUAGCCUCACCCCAAAUGCUUGCUUACUCCUUCAUGAAACUUGAUGCUCUAGAAACCCCCUAGUUUAUCACCCAGUGACAACCAUCUGUCAGUUUG